CUGUAUACACCCAUGAGCCGCAUUGCACACAUGUGUGCUAUUUGGACCGGGGGAGGAACAUUCUCAUGAAACCAACGUGUUGUGUUCUCUAGAUCAUGGAGCCAAUGGCGCUUGUAUCUGUGGAAACACUGUCUUCCGAAAACAGGAGUGUGUCCAUGACAUCCGGCCCAUCAGAGUCUCCCAACUCUACAGAAUGGGAACUUGUCCAGUCCAUCAUUCCCCCGUACAUCUUCACAUUGUCCUUUUUAGGCCUUCUCCUUAACAGCUUUGUCCUUGCGGUGUUCUUUGCUCACAAGGAUCGACUGAAAGUAGCAGAGGUCUACUUGAGCAACCUGGUGCUUGCUGACUUUAUCCUCCUGUGUUGCCUCCCCUUCUGGGCGAUGAACGUGCUCAAUGACUUUAACUGGCCGUACGGAGAGGCCCUAUGCAAGCUGGUCAACUCCUUCAUCAUCAUCAAUUUCUACACCAGCAUCUUCACCCUGGUCAUGAUCAGCGUGGACCGCUACCUGGCACUUGUGAAGCCCAUGCAGGCCAGGUGGCUGAGACGCACACUCUAUGCAAAGGUGAUCUGCUCCAUCCUGUGGAUAUUAGCGGCUGCACUGAGCGUGCCAACAAUGGUUCACAGAAAGGUGAAGUUCUUCAAGGAGUUCGAGACAACGGCCUGUGUACUGGAUUAUGGUCAUGACAGCUCUUGGAAGUUGGCCCACCACAUUCUGAUGAAUGCGGUGGGCUUUUUACUCCCUGUGUUGGUCAUUAUUUUCAGCAGCGGAAACAUAAUCAAGGUUUUAGUUCAGAGGAGGGAGAGUGUUGCUUUGCAUGGCACUAAUGACACAAAGGCCACAGCGCUGGUGUAUGCUGUCACAAUAUUGUUUUUACUGUGUUGGGGUCCCUUCCAGGUCUUCACUUUCCUCGACACACUCUGUGACGUCCAAGUGCUGGACGAGAAGCUUUGGUCCCACACUCUUGACAUAGGAAGCCAGGUCUCAGGGUAUCUGGCCUUCCUCAACAGUGGCCUGAACCCACUGCUGUAUGUCUUCUCAGGGCAGUACUUUAGGAGGAAAGUUAGUGCCAUCUACAUGAGAACUAGACAUCAUCGCAGAGGAUCCGAUAUGAACACAUUUCAGCGAUCUGUUGUGUCCACUUACAUUAACAGAACAGAGCAAAUUAAGGAUGUGGUCAUUUUUAAUGCAAAGGGUGACUCUUAAUGACACGCACCACUCCAAUUGCUGCUUAUGGAAAAAAAAUAACGUAAUACACAGGAAAUGGAUCCAACCUCAUUAUUCCAUUAGACUUAACGCAAUAAUAAUAUAGUUUCAUGGUUUACCAGCUCCAUCAUAGGAUGUGUAAUGCUGUUCUUUGCUAAAUAAUUCACGUAACCAGAGAAAAUGGACACGAAGUAUGUAUCUGAACUGACUCCACAAAUCAGUUUUUUUCCAUAGAAGCUAAGGCAGGAGAAUGUCCUCCGUUGUAGAAUUACAUUCAUUAUUCCCUUUAUACGAUAUAUCUUGACAUGUAAGCUAAACUUUCGUUUGGUUGUGACAGACACAGAAAGUUCUUCUUUGAUAUAAAUGCUUGUUACUUAAAUAAUAAUUAUACGUUUUGUCUGUUUCUGUAACCAACACAAUUUGAAACACUUUAAUAAAACAACUAAAUAUUGAAUGCAAAGACAUGAUGCAAGUUAUUUCAUUUCAGAUGUACUCCAGUGUGUGUAAAUAUACAACAGUAGUGUCAGAUGCAGUUAGCGGUCCAACGCAACAUUAACCACACAGAGCAGCUUCUAACUACAUGCUACCAACAAAUUCAAAACGUGUUGCAUUGCUUGUUGAAAUAUAUUACGUAAUCUCAAACAUUCAGUCAAAGGGAGCCACUUAAUGAUGGUAUUAGCCUUUGUCCUCCUCUUUAUCGGGUUUGGGGAUGUUUACCC